AUGCAGCUCAUUGUGACCUUGGGUUUACUUGAACGAAUCCGAGAAGCACAAGUUGAAGCAGUGAAAGUGGAAAAUUGGAAGAAAGAAAGAAUAGUCGGCCAGUUGAAGGAUUUAGUAGAUGGUAACAACGGGUUGAAAACGCGCUUCGGUAGAACAUGGGUUCCUAACUCGUGUGGAGUUAAAAAGCUUUUACUCGACGAAGCUCAUAAAUCCCGUUAUUCUAUUCAUCCGGGAGAGACCAAGAUGUACAAUGACUUGAAACAGAAUUAUUGGUGGCCCGGAAUGAAAAGAGAUGUGGUAAACUACCACGCUAGCAUCGGUAGAGCUCCGUACGAGAUGCUUUACGGUAGAAAAUGUCGGACCCCGGUGUGUUGGGAUGAGGCACAUUUGAAAGCGGCUCAAGAUAGACAGAAGUCGUAUGCAGACAAAAGAAGAAGACCGAUCGAGUUUCAGGUCGGCGACAAGGUUAUGCUAAAGGUAUCUCCAUGGAAGGGGAUUAUCCGAUUUAGGAAAAGAGGAAAGUUGAGCCCGAGAUUUAUUGGGCCAUUUAAAAUCAUUGAACGGGUUGGUAAGGUAGCGUACAGACUUGAACUACCGGAGGAACUUAGUGGGAUACAUAGCACAUUCCAUGUAUCACACCUUCGAAAAUGUCUAGCCGACGAAACGGCUCAUGUCCACUACGACAACAUUGAAGUGGAUAACAGACUUAACUAUGCGGUGAAACCGAUUGCAAUUCUAGACCGCAAGGUGAAAAGUAUAAGAAACAAGAAAAUCGACCAAAUGAAGGUCAAAUGGGAGCAUAGAAAAGGUUCGGGUAUCACUUGGGAUUCCGAAGAGGAGAUGAGACGUCUCUACCCUACAUUAUUUGGUAUUAGUCAAGAUAAAAUAACUAGGAAUAAAUAA